GUGCUGGCAAGGAACUACGGCUUAUCGGCGCAGUUGAACUGUCUCAACUACUGCCACCUUUGCAAGGAGCGCAUAGACGAUGGAACAAGCAGAAGCAGCAGCAGCAGCAGCAGCAGCAGCAGCAGCAGCAGCAGCAGCAGCAGCAGAAGGAACAGCAACGGUGGCCCCCGUUGGGUGUUGGCAGACCUGACGAGGGACAAGAUCCGAUCCUUGCAGCAACAGGCAGGGGAGAAAGAGAUUGGCCAGGGGGGGUGGCAAGGCUUCAUAGACGAGGUUACGAGGGCGUUGGUGGUGGGAAGGCAGGCCGGGGACAAGAUCCUCCCCAAGUUCUUCCCGCCCUUGGGCAGCUCGCUCAACAGGCCGGCGCUCGUGCUGCGAGCGCUGUUGUGGCUGGCGCCCUGCCCUGAGGCGGAGAUCAUGUGCUACGACUGGGCUCGUUCUUAUCCAAGGGCCGGCGGUCUAUCUGUGCUGGCAUCUGCGAUCGCGGAGAGCGUGUUAUCGGGGGACUUUUUCACCGCCAAGAAGCUCGGUUUCGCUCAGCAGAUCGUGUCCGGUCAAGCUGGCGGGGGCAAUUGGGGCCAAUCGGACGCGAUCGUGGUGAAAGCAAGGAACCAGGUCGUCGUGGAGGAGACGGAGCGUGCCCUUGCAGAGGGGUGCCGCAAAAUCAUGGUUCUGUAUGGCGGGUUGCAUAUGCAGGAUUUGACCUCUCAGCUGUGCAAGCAGUUGGACGCUACCCAGGAUAUCACUGGCUGGAGGACCGCGUGGGUAGUGCCGACAAGAGCGAGGCAGAAAGCAAAUGCCGCAACUUCACCAGUACCGCCACGCAUGGCCUCAGCAGAUGCAGCGGCAGGAAGGCUUGAGCAAGGGCAAGGGCAAGGGCAAGUCGGGAUGCUCGGAGACGAGACGAACGCCGACGGCAUGGCUCGGUGGGGUCCGUUGGGUGUGGCAGCACUGGCCUACGUUGCCGUAGGAGCGUGGGAUUGGACCGAUACCGUCGAGGCUCUAGCGAGGGAGCUGGAGACCGGCGGACCUCCCUUGGAAGCUUUCGGAUCGGCGUUGCUGGUGUUCACGCUGUACGUGGCUCGGCACGCCUAUCUUUACUACGGACUAGCUCGGUGGCUCGUUCAGUGGGAGAAAAAACUGUUCUGACGGAAGCGGUUUUCUUUUUGGUGUUGCGGGUCGCGAAGCAGGAUAUGUUGAUUCUUCUAUAACGUUUUCCUCGCACGGGGUGUGUAAUGUACGUAAGCAUAUGUGCAGGCACGGCGGUUCUACGCUACCUGCUGAAUGGUCUGGGAUUGUUGAUAGGGACAAGCUUGGAGGCAAUUGUACUGUUUGCGUGCCGGGUGAUGAAGUGACGUUUCGUGGGACAUCGCAAGUUUCAUGUUUUGAUUGGGGGUGUUGGUAGUUUUGUGUGUGGUGGGGGGGCGGCGGCAAGAUAGACACGAUGAUGCGAGAUUGUA